AUGAAUGUAUCUUCAGGUGGGUAUUUUGGAUGUCAGUUAACGAAGGGCCCUGGGGCUCGUCCUGGCCGGCCUGGGAUUCAAGACUUGACUGUGUUUCACCCUCCAGAUGGCUACAGCGCUGAGGACAAAUACAAGAUAUGGAUGAGGCACCGCUACAAUGACUGUCUGGAUUCCCUGGCGGAGCUGAUGGGACAUAAUGCCUUCCAGGUCAAGGAAUUGUCACUCUGCACCCUCAUGAAGUUUGUUGAGUUGGAGGCACAAUAUCCAUUGAUCAAAGUAGAGUGGAAGGGGAGUUUAACUUUUCCUCGUGAACUUCUUAAGGUCGUUGUUGAUGGCUUACUUCCCUUACAUGAGGAUGCUUCACUCCUGAUCUCUCGCUUUCAAGAAUAUAUGGAGUAUGAUGACAUUCGGUACUUUGUCAUAAAGGCGGUCACUGAGAGUAUUGGGCAAGUCAUGCAGAAGACAAAAGAGAGGCCGCUGCCAUUUUACCAGCAGAACGUAUUUUCCCUCAUUUCGCCCAUUAACAUGCCGAACAAAGAGUGUGACAUGGUCAAAUUCAUGGUCAAGCAAGAUAACUGGGAGGAAUUGAAAGUGUCAAAGCUGCAGGCACACAAGCAGGCGUUUGAAAGAAUGUGGCUUGUUUUUUUGAAGCACAAGCUACCCACUGGCCUUUACAAAAAAGUUCUUGUCAUUCUGCAUGACUCCAUCCUGCCUUACAUGAAUGAGCCCACUCUCAUGAUAGACUUCUUGACAGUGGCCUAUGGCAUAGGUGGAGCAAUCAGUCUUCUAGCCUUAAACGGAUUAUUUAUUCUGAUUCAUGAGCAUAAUCUGGAAUAUCCUGACUUUUACAAGAAGCUGUACAGUCUUUUAGACCCUUCUAUAUACCACGUGAAGUAUCGAGCCCGCUUUUUCCAUUUGGUUGAUCUGUUUUUGUCUUCAUCUCACUUGCCAGCGUACCUGAUGGCAGCAUUUAUAAAGCGCCUCUCCCGGCUGGCCCUCACUGCUCCUCCCGAGGCUCUACUCAUGGUCAUUCCCUUCAUCUGUAAUCUCUUCCGGAGGCACCCCGCAUGCAAAGUGCUGGUACACAGACCUAAUGGGCCAGAAGAUAUGUCGGAAGAUCCAUAUAUUAUGGAGGAGGAGGAGCCAUCUAAAAGCAGGGCUUUGGAGAGCUCUCUCUGGGAGAUUCGGUCUCUACAAAACCAUUACCACCCAGAUGUGGCCAAGGCAGCUGCUGUCCUGAACCAGUCACUGUCUGAAAUGGAGGAUGACAUAUCAGGGCUCCUGGAGCUCUCGGCUUAUGAGCUUUUUGAUAAAGAAGUAAAGAAGGCGGCUGUUGAUGUGCCCCUGGAGUUUGAGCAAGUACGAGGUUUGUUUGGGAAGAAAAAUGAUAUUUUUGCAGAGCACUUCACUUUAGAUUGAUGUGGUCUCGUGUAAACACAUCUGCACAACUGACUGAUCUUAGGGACAUGCACAAAGCUCAUGUUUGUACUUGGCAGUUCUGCCUUUGAGCUGUCUCCACCUGAUGAGAGCUGGGCUGCUUGAGAAGGGUGCAGCCUUCUUCAGUGACCGUUGCCGCUAUCCGUGGAUGGACGUCCCUUUAUUGCUCCUUGUUUCUCAUGUUUGCAUGUUGCCACCUGAUAUUUUGGAGGGAUUUUCCAUCAGAGCAAAUUUUUCUGGACUUGUUCACUGCUGGGAUUCCAGCCCUUUUCUCCAAAGCUGCUGGUGCUGGCUGUGAUCAGUGACUGCAUCGACAAGCCAUCUCGCUGCCAUUUGAUGGGACUGAGGGGAAGUGCGGUCUCUCACAACUGCUUUUAUUUUUCAGAUGUGUUAUUUUCAUACUAGAGCUGAUAACCUGUUUGUAGUGGUACAUGGCUGUAAACACCUGAGGAUAUCCUAAUUAUAUUUUUUAUAUACACUUUUGAACUCGUGUCUUCAGCCUCUAUGUACUCGUCUUAACACUCAUGUUUGAGGCACUGAAAGCUCAGGUUUGUCAAAAACAACUCCUAGAUGAGGCUGUUAUUCCAUCUAUGAAGCGUUGCUGAUGUUCCUUCCUGUACAUCCAUCUCAUACCGUAAGGUUGCUUAAUUCAAAAUGCUCAUGAGCUUUGGCAAUGUGCAUAAUCCUGGUGACUGCUGUAGCUAGGGAGGCCAACUGAUGUGCAGUGGGAGGUGUGUCUAAUCCUUGAUUUUUGUUUCAGAAUGAUAAGCAGCUUAAUGUAGCUUUGCUUGCAGCCCGCAAGCAUUGUUGGAGCUCUGGCCAGUGUGUAUCCAGGUGCUAAUCAAGUUUUAACCAGUCCACUGAUAUCAGCUGCUUUUGUUAAUUUUUUUUUUUUAUUCAUAUCAUUCCAAAAGUCUUGCAGAAAUUCUGUUAAGUUCCCCCUCCCCCAAGGUUUUAGGUUGGAGAUCAACUCCUUCUUAAGAACACAGAUAAAUUCACUCAGGAUUUUUUUUUCGUAAUAAUUUUCAACAACUUAUUGUUUCAUUAGACUUUAACUCUGUUUACAUAUUUUGAAGUCAUAUUUUGUGGAGGAGAAAAAUACAGUCAAGAAAGGAGGCCACGAAAUCUCAUUUCUGGCAGAUGAAUCUGUUUAAGCCAAGGAAAACUGCAUCUGUCUUGGAGAGACAAAGUGCUAUGUUUUCUUUAUCCCGUUUUCUUCAUGCUUUCCAAACAGCGGACAUGGCCUCACAGCAUAGAGCUCUACCUCUCUUUUUUUUUUUUUUGUUGGGGGUUCUUUUUGUUUUGUUUUGUUUUUUUUCCCCUGAUGCUUUUGAAUUCAGGUGGGGUGUUUCUCAGGAUGCAAUUUUUUUUUCUUUUAACAAAACCAAGUCUCUCUCUGUUGUUCUCUGGUGAAAAAGCAAUCCUGUCUCCUCCCUGGCCAGCCUGCUUUUCUUUUUUCUUUGACUUCUGGUGCCUGAGGUGGCAAGGCAGAAUGGCUGAGAUGGCAACGUACAGCUUGAGAGACCUCAGCUCAGGUUCACCCAAGCCUUGUAUUUCAGCUCUAAGAUGUAUUUCCCUGUAUCAUAUGUACAUUGUAUGUGUGUGUUUGGUAAACACAUUGAAGUGCUCUGACGCUAUAGCAAUGAGGACCACAUAGCUGCCUUUGAAAGAAGUGUGUAAGUGUAUCAUCUUGCAGAUUAAAUGAAUGAAAAUAGCAAAUACUGGAAUGAACAGAUGGAUAUAUAUAUAUAUAUAUUGAAUACCUUUCUCUGCAUCUUUUUGUUUUACUCAGGUUGGCCCAGUUAUAUCUGUCUGAAAUUACGGGCAAUGUCAUUCAUAUCUUGUAAUAUUGACACUCUGGGAGCGUUAGGAUUCUUUCUUUAAUGCACAACGAUUAAACCAUUUGGGCGUGGGGCAAGUCCAGGUCUCGUGGUGUUGA